CACCCGUUCGGUUUGUUCUCCUUCUCAAAAACAUUUUCAACUCUCGUUUGGGUCUUUCUCACUCGGUCCCUCUGAUUCCCAAAUCGGUCCCUAUAAAUUCUCUCUUGCCCAGCUGGAGUGAGAAAGAAUCCUUGCUUCCUUUCCUUUCAACGAGUUUAGUCUUCUCUCUGUCCCCUGUCUCUCUCUCUUAAUUUUCCUCAACAAAAUCAACAUAUGCUUGCCAUGGAGAAUAUUGAGAAUAUCGGUGAUGAGUACAAAAAUUAUUGGGAAACCAAAUAUUUCCUGGAAAACGAAGAAUAUAGCUGGGCAAUUGAUGAGUUCUCCGGAUACUACGAUUCGAGUUCUCCUGAUGGGGCAGCCUCGUCUGCAGCCUCUAAGAACAUCGUUUCCGAGAGAAACAGGAGGAAGAAGCUUAACGAACGGCUCUUUUCACUCAGAGCAGUUGUCCCAAAUAUCAGCAAGAUGGACAAGGCUUCCAUAAUCAAGGAUGCCAUCGACUACAUACAGGAAUUACAUGAGCAGGAGAGUAGAAUCCAGGCUGAGAUACUGGAACUGGAGUCAGGAAAACUGAAGAAAAAUCCGGGGUACGAGUUUGACCAAGAGCUGCCGGUGUUGCUGAGAUCCAAGAAGACCAAACUGGAAAACAUUUUUGAUUCCGGGGGAUCAAGAACUUCCCCUAUUGAAGUUCUUGAACUCAAAGUGACGCACAUGGGAGAGAAGACAGUGGUGGUGAGCAUAACAUGUAGCAAACGGACAGACACGAUGGUAAAACUGUGUGAGGUUUUUGAGUCUUUGAAGCUCAAAAUCAUCACAGCGAAUAUCACUGCUGUCUCGGGGAGGCUGUUGAAAACCGUGUUCAUUGAGGCUGAUGAAAAGGAGAAAGACGAGCUAAAGGCACAGAUUGAAACAGCCAUUGCAGCUCUUAACGAUCCGCAAAGUCCAAUGAGCAUGUAAUGAACCCACAUCCAAGUCUAAGAUCGUCCUGUCUUCAUUCAUGGAUAGUAUUUCCAUUGCACCAUGGCCUUUGCUACUUUCCUAUCUUCCUUUUCCCGCAUCGGAGUCUUUAGCUUUUGGUUUCUUUGGGAAAUCGUCACGGUUGAAAUGUAAGUUUAGUCCAUGGCCUUGUAAAAUAACUGUCUGCUUCAAAGUUUCUGUGUUUAAGAAUUCAGCAGAAUAAUAAUAGCUUUCGCUUUUCUUAACAAAAAAUAAAGAAAAUAAAAAUAGAGGUAUCCGUUAAUAGAGGCGUUUCUUGUAACAUCUUGUGUCGAGUCCGUUUCACUACAUCUGUAGCAGCUGUCUUAUCAAAGUCCACUUUAUCAUUUUCUUUUUCA